UAGUUUUUCAAUUUCUUGUCCGGUGUGACUUGAAACUGCAAUUAAAGCCAUAGUUGUUAGUUACAGAACAACCAAAGAUAUAAGUGUCAUAUGUUUAUUAAAUACCAAACAAACCCCGUAUAUUACAAAAUAGAACAGUUAAUUAAAUCGAAACCUCGGAACGUCGCAGAAGGUUUGAGCACAGUCAGCAGAGAGCAAGCAGAACCAGCAAGCAACAUAGAGUUGUGUAACACAGACCGCAGCAACGUGAAAUUAUUGUACGCUUAGAUCUUGGCAGCAUGGCCCUCGAAAUUGAUGCAAAAAAUAUGGUGAAAUCGAAUGCGCCAGUGUCUGGCGAUGGUGCUACCUCAACCAAUAAUAAAUGCAAGGCAAAAGGUAAUAAUGUUUCUGAAACAUCACCGAAUGUGACUACCGGCGGCAAUCACAACAACAGCACGGGACAGGACUUGACCAACAGCACCUUCGACGUUCAUUCUUCGAAAAAAAAAGGCAAGAAAAGUGGAAUCAAGUGUCCGAUAGAAGCAAAUCUAAAUAAUGGUCAUGUUGAAGACGCCGAAAUACAGCACGCCAUCAAUGAUGACAACAAAGCAGAUUCCAAUGCUAAUAUAGUCUCUUCAAAUAAGAGCAAGGAAAAGUCUUCAGAUGAUACAGUCGGUGCCGAUGUUGAACCCGAUGCUGAAGAAAUUGAUUUAGACGCGCUGCACGACAUUGGCAUAACCGUUAACAUUAGUAGUCCCGGAACGGAUGUGCUCUCUGUGCAACUCUCUAGCAUGGAGCUGGUGCAAGAAAUACACCAGCUACUGAUGGAUCGUGAAGAGACGUGUCAUCGUACUUGUUUUUCUCUGCAACUGGACAACAUGACGUUGGACAAUUUUGCCGAGCUGAAGACCAUCGAGCACCUUCAGCAAGGGUCUACCAUUAAGGUGGUGGAGGAGCCCUAUACAAUGCGCGAAGCUCGGAUUCAUGUUCGCCACGUGAGGGAUUUAUUAAAGAAUCUGGAUCCGGCAGAUGCCUAUAACGGUAUCGAUUGCACUUCGCUGACUUAUCUGAACACCAUCACGCAGGGUGACUUGCUGGACAAGAAAAAGACCAGACCCGACUCUGUUGACUGCACGCCCCCAGACUAUGUGACUCCGGGAGUUCGUGAUCCGCCAUUGCUGCCGCUGCAUCCAAACAUAAAGAAUGCCAAGGGACCACAGGCGCUAAAGGUUCUGACAACAUCCGCCUGGAACCCGCCACCUGGUCCUCGUAAGCUGCACGGCGAUCUUAUGUAUUUAUAUGUGGUUACAAUGGAGGAUAAGCGUUUUCAUAUAUCAGCCUGUUCUAAAGGUUUCUUCAUUAACCAGUCCACUGACGAAGUGUUCAAUCCAAAGCCAGACAAUCCCAGUCACUUGAGCCACUCGCUGAUAGAUCUGUUAUCGCAAAUAUCACCCUCGUUCCGCCGCGCUUUUCAAACCAUCCAGAAACGCCGCACAAUGCGGCAUGCCUUUGAGCGCGUGGCUACACCCUAUCAGGUGUACCAAUGGUCAUCGCCACAGCUCGAACAUACAGUGGAUGCAAUACGAGCUGAAGAUGCAUUUUCAUCCAAGUUGGGCUAUGAAGAACACAUACCCGGCCAAACGCGUGACUGGAACGAAGAACUUCAAACAACGAGAGAGCUGCCCCGCAAAACACUACCGGAACGUUUGCUACGCGAACGCGCCAUCUUCAAGGUACACGGCGAUUUUGUUACGGCUGCGACACGAGGCGCCAUGGCUGUCAUCGAUGGUAACGUGCUUGCCAUUAAUCCUGGUGAGGAUCCGAAGAUGCAAAUGUUCAUUUGGAACAAUAUCUUUUUCUCACUGGGUUUUGAUGUGCGCGAUCACUACAAGGAACUGGGGGGCGACUAUGCAGCCUUUGUUGCACCUCGAUAUGAUCUCCAUGGCGUUCGUGUGUACAAUGCUGUUGACGUUGAUGGACUUUACACUUUGGGAACAGUUGUGAUUGACUAUCGCGGGUUCCGUGUGACUGCACAAUCCAUUAUACCAGGUAUUCUAGAACGCGAACAAGAGCAAUCCGUAGUCUAUGGCUCCAUAGAUUUUGGAAAGACUGUGCUAAGUCAUCCCAAGUACCUGGAGCUGCUACGGCAGGCGGGUAAGCAUUUGAAAAUACUGCCACAUUCAGUACUGAACGAGAGGGAUGAGCCCGUCGAGUUAUGUUCUUCUGUCGAAUGCAAGGGCAUCAUUGGAAACGAUGGUCGUCAUUACAUUCUGGACCUACUGCGUACGUUCCCACCGGAUGUAAAUUUUCUGAAGCUAGAAGAUGUCAAGCUGAAGGACGAAUUAAUCGCCAUGGGUUUUCCCAUAGAGCAUCGUCAUAAAUUGUGCUGUCUGCGUCAAGAACUGUUAGAGGCUUUCAUCGAGGACCGUUAUGUAAGCUUCAUACGUAACGCAGCUGUCCAUUUGCAGCAGCUAAAUGCUAAGAAGCAAGCAAAAGAUGAUCAAACUCCAGAACAGGCUCUUUCCGCCAUUGCAGAAAGUAAAGAGGAAACAGAGGAAACGCCGAUGACAGACGACGGUGCGAUGCUGGUAGAAAAACCAGAAGCGAACGAUUCAGAAUCAUGUGUCUCACCUGGAAACGAGACAAGUACUAAUGAAACAAAAACUGCGGAGGCCAUGGUCAAUGCUAUACGAGAAGCUCAGUCGAAUGUUGCCACUGCGAACGAAGUGCAGGCUGCCGAGGUUGUAAAGCGCGCAUGUGCUGCUGUUGGGUCGCUUAAGGAAAAGGAGUUUGACUUCCGUUUUAAUCCGGACGUCUUCUCGCAAGGCAUACGUCAUGUUGAUCACCCCGACAGUCCACAUUCGCUGACCAAGCAGAAGCGCCUGGUACAGGAUGCAGCCGAAUUUUUGGUCACCAAGCAAAUACCUGCAUUCAUUAAGGAACAUUUGGCACAUACUUCGCCACCGAUGGACGGCCAAAGCAUUACGGAGUCGCUGCACAGUCAUGGUAUUAACGUGAGGUACUUGGGCAAAGUCAUUAAUAUGCUCGUUCAAAUGCCACGUAUGGAUUAUCUUUAUCGAAUUGCCGUAGUCGAGCUGAUUGUACGUGCUACCAAGCAUAUUUAUUAUACGUAUAUGCAGAGCACGCAACCACUUCAUCUGUCAGCGGCUAUCAGUCAUUUCCUUAACUGCCUGUUGACAAAUGGGCCUAUCAACCCAAGUGUUAGUAGUGACGAAAUACACAAAACGAACAAUGGACGCGGGGAAAAGCGCGGUGGUGGUAAGCACAAACAUAAGGUCGCCAAGGGUGGCAAAGUCACUACAGCGGCCUUACAAAAUGAAGCAUCUAGCGGCCAAGGUGGCAACAGCGCCUUAAACAACACCUUCGAUUGGACGACGGUAACGCCACGUUCACUUUGGCAGCAAAUUCGCAAAGAGGCCAAAUCAUAUUGGGAUUGGGAGCUGGACUGCGACUCUAUUGACAGCGCUGUUGCCAAGUAUGGUAUGCUUCGCAUCAGUCUGUUGCGUGCCUUCUGCCUAAAGGUGGGAAUUCAGGUUUUAUUGCGCGAGUACAACUUCGAGUCGAAGCACAAGCCAACUUUCGGCGAUGAUGACAUCGUGAACGUCUUCCCCGUGGUGAAGCACAUCAGUCCGCGCGCCACGGACGCUUACAACUUUUACAGUACUGGCCAAGCCAAGAUCCAGCAAGGGCUUUUUAAGGAAGGCUAUGAGCUAAUCAGUGAGGCGCUUAAUCUCCUGAACAAUGUCUUUGGUGCCAUGCACACGGAGAAUGGCUCUUGCUUGCGAAUGCUAGCGCGCCUGAGCUACCUGCUGGGUGACGCGCAGGAUGCUCUGGCUAUCCAGCAACGGGCGGUGAUUAUGAGCGAACGCGUCAAUGGAAUUGAUCAUCCAUCGACCAUAUUGGAAUAUACGCACCUGUCGCUGUAUUCCUUUGCUAAUGGACACAUCGGGAUGUCAUUGAAAUUGUUGUACCGUGCACGCUAUCUCCUGGUCCUCAUCUGCGGUGAGGAUCAUCCUGAGGUUGCGCUGAUCGAUAGCAAUAUUAGCUUGAUCCUGCACGCGCUGGGGGAGUAUGAACUCUCGUUACGUUUCAUCGAGCAUGCGCUAAAGCUGAAUCUGAAGUAUUUUGGUAGUAAGGCUAUGCAUGUGGCUGUAAGUUAUCACCUGAUGGCUCGCACCCAAUCAUGUAUGGGUGAUUUCCGUUCAGCUUUAAACAACGAAAAGGAAACCUACUCAAUUUAUAAAUCACAGUUGGGUGAACAUCACGACAAAACGCGCGACUCAGCCGAAUGUCUACGCCUGCUUACCCAACAGGCCGUCCUACUGCAACGCAAAAUGAACGACAUCUACUCCAAUGGUAAGUUAACAAGCGAUUUACCGCCCAUACACAUAACGCCUCCCUCUAUGGGUUCGGUGCUGGACAUGCUGAACACCAUCAAUGGAAUACUUUUCGUACAAAUCAGCCAAAAGGACAUUGCCAAGGUACGCACCGAAAUCGAGAAGCAUUUGAAGAGCACAAGCGAUGACAACGAAAUCACCGAUGCGCUGAAUUCAAUAGUUGUUGGCAAAAAUAAUGUCAAAAUUGAGACUAACAUAGAACCGACGCAGAGCAUAAAGGACGCGGCUCUUAGAAAUGGGAUCGAGGGAGAAGCCACCACGACGGUUUCAAGUUGAAAAAUCUUAAAAACCACACCAUUAACACGCCCUAUUCGUCGUCGUUGUGUAUAUGGACUGAGCAAAAUUAGCAUGAACUAAGUGUUACAAAACAAAAUUCACAAUUAAAAACAUAAGAUUUGUUAUUUAAAAGCUGCUUACGCGGAAUCUUUUAAAAUGAACUACACAUCAUAAUAUUGUAACUUUGACUAACUGCUGCUGCAACUUGUUUAAGACUCACGCAAUGCAUUAAAGCCACUCCUACAGAAAAUUCCUCAAAUUCAGAUAA